UAUAACUCAGAGGAACACAAAAAUUACCAAGUAAAAGAAACCUUUCUCCUUCUUCAUUCUGGCUCCUACAGUUCCUAAAAUUCUUGAACAUGAAUGAUCAGUGAUAGUUUUUAGACUUAAGGUCGACAUUUUCUGGAUCUACAAAGUGGAAAUACAUUGUACAAGUGUGGUUUAUAUAACACAUGAUGAUGUAGCCAUAUUCUGCUUUGACUUUGGUUGGAGUUGUGGUCAGAUUAGAGCCGUAGUGGUCACAUUGAUAUCGUCUUCUGAAGUAUGCGAGCAUGAGACCACCGUGCUGGUGGUAUCAUGCUGGAUUCAACUUGAGGCCAUGCAAGAUAAGAGCUUUAUGUCUGGAAUUCCAGAUCUACAGUCAGGGUCAUUUUACCACAGCUAAUGAUGGUAAGUGUCAUAAGCUCAGAAAAUUAAAAACAUAAUCACUGAGGACAGUUUAGGGUCGCUACACAGAAGUACUGUUGGUACAGCCUUUAGAGCUCUAUUAAGACAUUCACAUAGGGCACAUCACACCGGGCCAUUUCUGUACAGCUACCUUCAUUUGAGAUCGUCCUAGCAACUCCAGAACCCAUUUCACCUCGUCUUGUUGAUUACAAAACGUUGUGACUCAGUGGAGCUGGACCAUCUAUUGAAUCUGCUCCAAAUAAGAUGUUAUUUCUUGAAAUGCUGAGCAACCUUUACAUUCAAACAUCAAGCCUAGCAGGUUUAGAGCGCAGGAGAUGAAUGAAUGAAGAGACUGGCCCCCACUAGGUGGCAGGAGUGGACGGCGUGACAAUGAAUCUUCAAUCAGCAGCUAGUGGAUUUCUAGCUUUCCUUCUGUUAAUACCAGCGCUACAGGGUAAAACUGACUGGAAGGUUACUUACACAUCGAGUCAUAUCUGCGCUUCAAAAGGAUCAACGGUUAAUAUAGUCUGCACUUAUGAAUACCCUGUCAAAAAAUCUAAAUCACAGAGCUCUUCCAUAAACCUGGAAUCACUGUGGUUUACCAAGAUAGACAGAAAUAAUCAAGUUGAAAUAGGAAAAGAAACCGACUAUAAAGGUCGGGUGGAAUACAUCUGUGGAGAAAACCAAUGUACCACGUCCAAGUGCUCUGGAGCGUGUACCCUGAGAUUCAAAGACCUGAAACCGAGUGAUUCUGCUGAGUACAAGUUCUGGAUAACGACAGCACAAACAGAUUGGGGAUAUACUGGCAGCCCUGGAGUGAACAUAACUGUGACAGAUCUGCAGGUGAAAGUGGUCGUUCUUGACACGGACAAGCCUACCUGGCUAGACCUGGAAUGCCACAGUAUUUGUGAUAUCACUACCACCUACUAUGAGUGGUUCAGGAAUGGAGAGAAUUCAGGAAUAGCAUUCACACAAGGAACAGGAAGGUACUACCGAGGACAAGUCAAGGACGACAGGGUCAUUAUUAACUCUGAAGACAGCUAUGCAUGUGCUGUUAAAGGAUUUGAACGUUUUCCCUCUCCUUCAGUGUACGCUCCAAGGACCCCCUCAGUGACCGUGAGUCCCUCUGGUGAAGUAGAGGAGGGCAGUUCAGUGACUCUGAGCUGCAGCAGUGAUGCCAACCCAGCAGCUAAGUACACCUGGUUCAAGGCACCUGAAAUCCCAGUGAAAGGAUCAGGACAGAACUACACCAUUACUAAUAUCACAUCUGAGCUUGGAGGAAAGUAUUACUGCCAAGCACAUAAUGCAAUCGGACAUCAUAACUCCACCUGGUCGUCCGUUAAUGUGAAAGAGAGAUCCUCAUCCUCAUCAUCAUCAUCCUCAUCACCCCCAUCACCCCCAUCACCAUCAGUGAUAACAGCCGCAACUCUAGGAACUGUUCUAGUCUUCCUGGCCACCGUACUCUUCCUCAUCUUCCUCUGGUUGAGAAGAAGGAGGGCCUCCAGAAACGCACGUGACCAGGGAGGAAGGCCAGAUACCACAGAAGAGGGAGAACCAAGAGAACAGCAGUAUUCCUUCAUCAACUUCCCUCGCUCAGAGACCCAGGAAGUGCCUCACCAGUCGGCUGGCUCUCAUGUCCAAUCACAUCCGACAGAGCAGGUCCUUUACUCUGCGGUCCAGUUUCAAAGAUCCAAUGCUGUCGCUGAGGACUGUGACCAGACAGAGUCGGGAGAAACCUCAGAGAUGUACAGCACUGUCCAAAAAAAAAACAGCGUUUGAAUCAAACAACCUUGCUGAUUGAAUCUAUCAAUAAUGGGGUCAACAACAAAAGUGACCAACCCCCCAUAUUAAGAUUGAAGCUAAAUGCAUGAUUCAUGACAGUGAAACGAAUUAGCCUUAUGAAGAAUGUCUAUCUAACUAUAGCAGUUCAAACAAUCAGAUAUUUACAGACAAAUAGUGUCCAAGGCGCAAACGAUAAGACACUUACCGGUACCAUGUUGAAUGCACAAAGACCAAGUGAACUAUCAUAAAGAACUGCAGGUAAAUUACGUCAUCAAUGUGCACCAGCAUUACCAAAUGUGUCCACAUAUUUUGAUCACAAGUAGACUUUAAACGAGGCAUCUCCAAACGGCGGACCGCGCUCCGGGUCCGGACCAAGUGACGGUCCUAUCCGGACCCCUGAACAAUUUAAAAUAAUACGUUUUUGUUUUUUAUGAUUUCACUAUACAAAGCAUGAUUAUGUUAAUAAAGACAUUCCUCACUAAAUUACAAAUUAAAGGCAGAAUAGUCGUAGUACAGCAUAAAAACAGCAAAAAGCAAAGAUCUUCACAGAGCGAAGAUCAUGCACUCGCCGAACUCCCCCCCUCCCUCCGUCUGUCACGGCAUGUGCGUAAUAGCGGCACUCAAAAAAUAGCCAAUCAAAUCGUUUGUUUACCGGGAGAGUGAUUUGGAAUGAGAAAAUGGCUUGCUCGAAAAUUAGGAAAGUUGACCACGAAAACAGACAUUUUAAAGAUGAAUGGGCUGACCAAUACAUGUUCAUUCGCCCGCAAGGCAGUACUAAACCUUUGUUGUGUCUUUUAUGUGUUGAAACCGUGGCGCUGAUAAAAAAGCGGGAAUAUUAAGCGGCAUUCCGAAUGCAAACACAGACUCUUCGAGGAAAAGUAUCACCAGAAGUCAGAAGUAGCGUGGAAAAUAUCCGAGCUGAGAACUCAGUGGCCCUCAUUUAUCAAACGAGCGUACGACAGAAAACGUGCGUAAAAUGGAUCUACGCUCAUUUCAACGUUGAGCUUGGCAUUUAUCAAUUUGAACGUGAGCGCAGGCUGCGAUGAAAUCUCACGUCAGGUCUGAGCUCGUGUACGCAAGUUUUUUUGGCGCAACACACGGGUAUUUCACUGAUGAAUAGUGCAGCACAAGUAGCCCAUGUUGCACAUCUGUAUUAAUUACUAAAUAAAUUGGAAUUAGCCCAGCCGUUCAAACAAUUACAAUCAAGGCAGCCCUAAUUAAAAACAGUAUUGCUAUGAAAAUAAUUAGAAUGUGACAGGUGAAAUGUUUAUUCAGCUGUCUAUAUAAACAGGAGCUUUGCCAAAUAGGUGGUCGAGUCGCAGCGAUGGCAGAUCUGGCUCUGUGGACCUCAACGCACGUAAGACGAGAGAGAGUUUUUCGAGACCGCGCCGAUUUUUUAUGGAGAGCGAUGAAUGGCUCUUGAGUCGUUUUCGUCUCCCAAGGCAUCUCCUGAUGGAGCUAUGCAAUGAUUUGGAGCCACAGUUAAGGCGAGAAACUAGGCGAUCAAACGCAAUACCUGUGCCAGUGCAGGUGUGCUCUACCUUGGGGUUUUUGGCCACCGGGACCUUUCAGCGGGAGAUCGGGGACAGGUCUGGUAUUUCCCAGCCAAGUAUUAGCCGAACCAUGCCAGCAGUUUUGGCAGCUAUACUGUCCCUCUCUGAACGUUAUAUUAAAUUCCCAUGCACUAACGAUCAGCAAACUGGAAUCAAACGGGAUUUUUAUGCUAUUGCUAGGUUUCCAAAUGUGAUUGGUGCGGUUGAUUGUACCCAUGUGCGUAUGAACCAUCUAUUAAUGAUUACGCGUACAUCAACCGCAAAAGCUACCAUUCAGUUAAUGUUCCGAUUAUUUGCGAUGCCAGAAUGUCAAUCCUGAACAUGGUAGCCCGAUGGCCUGGGGGCACGCACGAUUCUUUUAUUUUCCAAAAUAGCAACGUUGGGCAUCGUCUACAUCAGGGCGCACUACAUGGUCAGAGUCAUCUCGGUGAGUUACGCUGCAGUCGCACUGCACCGGCCUCCUCCCGUUUCUUGCUUGGCCGGCUUCACAGCCGCAACACGUUUUUUGGUGCUGAGCUUCAUGUCGGACCAUUUUUUCUUCACCUUAUUCGGAAUUAAAUAACUUUAACGGAAUGCAAACAAUAGCAUAUAUGUGAAAUGUUUUAAGCUGGAUAACAGAAGUUGUACAUUUAAUUUAUUAUUUAAUUAAUUUAAUUAACAAACCUUUUCCGUAGCCCGACGAACAUUGGAAACACUAUUCACUGCAACAGUUAUUUCCUUCCAUAUAGCAUUCUUUUGCUGGCCUUUAAUGCCAGCUAUAGGCUACCAAAUAAAACCAGACCGUUCGCAUCCACCAGUGACCCGAGCGUCUCCAUUUGGGUCUCGGAAAAAUUCCUCUAUUUUACCGUUGGACGUUUCUCCAUGUCGUAAAAGUUAGGGGCGAGACUUCUGAAGACGUGCUUUUAUAUGGGCGUGUUACGUUAAUUACGAUCGAUCUCAGCCGCCGUAUUUAUCAACACCAAGAUCCUUCGUACGCUGGGAUUGGUGCGAUACGAAGGUUUCGUAAAUCUCACGUGGGUCCCAUCGUAAGAUGAAUCAUGCGUUCAGAUUUGCGCUCAUUUCUACGUUCGUUUGAUAAAUGAGGGCCAGUAUGAGAGGUCGACUUGUGUCGAAAUGUCUGCCAAAUGCCCUCAAUGUUAACAUGUUUUAAAAAGUAUUCACCCAUGCUGGUGUCCCCUGGACCUCCACUCUGGACCUCCACCCCGCUGCUUCACUGGGGUCCCCUGGCCUACACCCUGCUUCACUGGGGUCCCCUGGCCUACACCCUGCUGCUUCACUCCCCUUUGCGUCCCCCUGCCUUCAGCCCUUCACUGUCUGCUGCCUGCUAUGUAUUUAAAACAUACAGUUGAAUAUCAAUGCAUUUGAAUACGAUGGAAAAGUUAAUUUAUUUCAAUAAUUCCAUUUAAAAAGGGAAACUAGUAUUUUAUAGAUUGAUCACACCCAAAGUGAAAUGUUUCCAGCCUUAACUUGAAUAUUACGUAAGAACGGUAAAAAAUAAAGAUUUUUAAACAGAAAUGUCGGCUUUCUGAAAAGUACGUUCUUGUACUCGGUACUUGGUUCUUUGCUCCUUCUGCAUGAAUUACUGCAUCGAUGCAUUGUGGCAUGGAGUCGAUCAGCCUGUGGCCCUGUUAAGGCGUGGGAAGCCCGGGUUGCUUCGAUAGCGGCGUUCAGCUCGUAUGCAUUCUUGGGUCUCGUUUCUCAUCUUCCUCUUGACAAUACCCAAUACGUUUUCAAUGGGGUUCAGAUCAGGCGAGUUCUCUGGCCAAUCAUCCUAUGGUUAUUAAACCAGGGGCCUCUACGGAUUCUCUUUUUUUGCAUUAGGUAAUCCCCUUUCUAAUCCUUUUUCGUUACGGCGGUAAGAUUUAAAGCAACCGGCCGCCGACAAAGUUUACCGACCCUACCGAAGACGCAUGAGAGACGCGGUGAAGCAGAAGAAGACAAGAGAAGAAAAUAGUUAACAAUGGAUACAAACACGAUAGGCUAUACACCGUAAGAAAAUAAAAUGCCUACUUCACAUAAAAAAGAAAGACUACUGGGUGCAGUUAAUUUCAACAUAAACAUGGUAGCCAUUUUUUUUCACAUGUGAAUUGGGAUUCAAGUGGGCUAAA